AUGGUCGAUCCGCUUACGACGUUCGCGGCAGCGGGCAACGCCCUUCAGUUUGUCCAGCUGGGGGUUGACUUGCUCCGCAAAACGAUUGAAUACUCGCACGGUGGUGGUAACAGUAACUUUCAGACAUUGCAAGAUUGUGCGCAGCGUCUGUCGGUCUCCAGUGCCCGCCUCCAGAGGUCAAUGGAGUCCGGCGCCUCUCAGCUGCUGCACCCAGGACCCGCCCGUGCUUUGCGUCGCGCAAAUCUCGAAUGCUUGAGAUUGUCUCGAGAGUUGACAGCUAUUCUGAAUCAGUUGGGCUUCAAUAGGCCUCACAGCCUGUGGAGCAGUGAAGAUGGCCGAUCUUUCCUCGAAAAGCUAGAGCGAACAUUGAUGAGCAGAGGUAUGGGCCUGUUGGAGAUCGACCCGACCGCCGAUGAGGAGGACUGUGAGGGUGAUCUCAUCAAGUUGCGCCCUGCAACGAAAAUCGAGUUCCUGCACAGAACAGUAAGAGAUUACUUUGCUGGUCCUGCUGGAAGACGUCUGCUUCACAAACACACUGGGGGACCCUUCGAUGCCUACAUGUUCCAAUGCAACCUCAUGGCUAUCAGUGUAAGAACCUUCGUCAGUGAUGAUCAAUGGUUUAGUUUGACCAAUUUCUCUGAUGCUGUGGACGAUUUUCUACUACGAAUCAUGGACCGACAAGUCGAAGAGCGCAUGGCGUUUGUGCUGUUUGAAAAGGUGGUGGAACUGUUCGAUGAGCAUGGCGAAGUACUAAGUGACGGCGAACGGUGGGAAUUCGGCUCGUUCCGCCAUAUCGGUAACGCCUUGCGGCAUUGGCUUGAGUACCGGAGCAAUGCCGUCUCACUAGCCAUACAGCUCGGCUGGAAGCCGUAUGUCAAGGCACGACUAACGACGACAGCAAUUCAAGAGAAAGAGGGCAGGCCGUUGCUUUUCUACGCUCUUAGAGCAUCCAAAAGCCAUGGUGACGGUAAUGAUGAAUUGACGCUGCCGGAUCUCGACAUUCUGAGCGAUCUCCUGAGACUUGGCGCCAGUCCAGACAGCAUUUUUGUUGAUGGGGAAUACCACAUCCCUCUUUGGGCGUACUUUCUACAGUCUAUACAGUUCAUCGAGGAACUUGACUACGCGGCUUGUCUGGAGAUUGUCAAGUUGUUCUUGUUGCAUGGCAUUCGGACGGUGGUGACUGAGGCCGACUUAGUCUACGUUUACGGAGAAUGUCUGAGCGAUUCCAAUGGUUGGGGAUUCGAACCCAGCCAUGAGAUUUUGCAGGACCCUCAGGAAUUCGUGCAAGAGCGUCUAACGGAGCUCCGGACAUCCAGCCUGGAGAUAGUUGACGGCGCCGAUUCCUACUCGUUCCUAGAAGUACCACAGAGCCUCGCGCGGGUCGCUGAAGACUCCGAACACUCCCUCUUUGCUGAAGCCGACAUCGUGGCCUUCAAGGGACUAGAGAGCUCUCAGCACCGGAAAGUCCCAUCUCUCAAGCAACCAGCCUUGGGAAAGAAAAGAGCAAGGGAGUCCUCGACCUCGCCGGUGGAUCGAGUACGGCUCGAAUUGAAUAAAUCUGGACUUGGUGACGAUGGGGAGCAGCCACUCUACAAGAAGACUCGGAGGUCGAGUUUCUGA